CAGCAAGAUUAGAUAUUUAUUGCCGGCAGAAAUCAAACAAUGUUAGCAGAGAUAAUUGAACAUUAUAUAAUACACUUCAAUUCGACUCCCAUUUCAUUAUGCUUAUUUUUAGGACACACAUGGAUUUCAUGUUUGGUGAACGUAUCUGAAAGAACGUCCAAGGAUUUGGCGUUCUACAACUUCGUUUGGCUAAGCUAUGUUGCUUAUCUUUCUUACCGCACUUGUUGGAUGUGUUCAAAUCACCCAGGCCAUUCCCAAACACAAGAUUUACAUCGGUUGUCUAGUGCCAAGCUUUAACCGAGAUUUUUAUGGCUACGAAGCAGCUAUCAAUCUUGCCGCUGAAAUGAUAAAUAAUCGAACAGACAUUUUGCCUAACCACGAAAUGGUCAUGCUCUGUGAAGAUACCUAUGGUAACAUUCAAUAUACCAUUUAUCAUGUAUUUUCAUUUCUUCAAUUGCCUGCAAAUCAAUCCAUCCGUUUACUUAUCGGUCCAGCGUGGUCCAAAACCACCGUUGCUGCAAGUCAGGCAAGCAGAGUUUGGCAAAUUGUACAGUUGUCAUACGCAGCAAGUAGUGUGGAAUUCCAAAAUUCUGUGAACUACAAUAUAUUGUUCACCAAUGUUCCGUCAACAUCAGCGUUCAAUAAAGCCAAACUGGAACUGACACAAUAUUUUGGCUGGAAGAGGAUCGCUAUUUUGCGAGAAUAUGAUGACAAGCUACACGCGGAGUCGGUUCGUGACCUGCGCGACCAAAUAGUUCGUGACAAUUUAAAUAUUUCUUUGAUCACCAUCGAGGGAUUCAGCAGAGCCAGCGAGGGUCAUCCCAGAAUGCAAUUGGAGAAUUUAAAAAGACUUGAUGCUCGAAUUAUAAUUGGCGAGUUUACACCCUACGGCGCCGUUGAGGUUUUCUGUGAGGCUUACAAAAUGGGGAUGAUCAGUCCUAAGUAUGUGUGGCUUCUGUCUGCAUCAUUGUCUGGCUCCUGGAUAUUCAGUCCUGGAACAUUUUCUUCGCGCUUCCCAGGGUCUAAGUGCAAUAUCAGCGAAAUCAUCGAAUCAGCCGAUAGCUUUAUAAUAUCCGACAAAGUACCAAUAAGAGCAGAUAAAAACGAAACGCUGUCUCGUUUGACUCCUGAGUCAUUCAUGGCGGAGAUGCGUAAAAGAAACAAGAAUGCACAAAGUUACGUGAGUUAUGCGUUUGACUGCGUAUGGGCUGCAGCAUUGCUAUUUCAAGCUACCUUGUCACUGCCUAAGACAUACCAUCCAGAGAACGCGAAGUUUCGGUCCCUCAAAGUGAGAGAGGCCUACGUUAAGAAUCUUGCUGAAGUUGAAUUUCAAGGGAUGACGGGGCCACACCACUUUGACGGCAGACAAAGAUUGGGAACCGUGCGAAUAAACCAAAUGCGAAAUGUGAAUGGAAAAGCGGAGCUGGUUCAAGUUGGAUCGCUCGCUUCCACUAGCAAGAAAGAUUUUCAGAUGACUCUCUUUGAAAACCAAAUUAAUAAGUUAUGGAAAGAUGGAAAAAUACCAGUGGAUGAGACAAGAAAGGAAAGGAAGAUUAUGACAUACUCCAUAUUUCAGCUUGCGGUCAUCUGGAUUCUUGCUGUUUUGGGCUUGUUUUAUUCGAUAUUUUUCUUCCAUUUUAACAUCAGUAAAAGGAAACACAAAGUGGUUCGAAUGUCCUCUCCGAUGAUCAACAAUGUCGUUCUUCUUGGCUGCUUCUUUUGUUAUGUUUUUGUUUUCUUGUUGGGAAUUGAUUCAAGAUUUGUAAAUGACCAUGUCUUGGGAAUAUUGUGCAAUGUGCGUCUUUAUGUGCUGUCUGUUGCCUUUUCCAUGUCUUUUGGUGCUCUGUUCAGUAAAACAUGGCGAGUACACAAGAUUUUUACCGCUCAACGAGCUAUUAAGAAGAAGCUGAUGCGAGACUUUCAUCUCCUUCUUUUUGUCUUGGCCUUGGUUGUAAUCGAUGUCAUCUUCAUAACCAUGUGGGUCUACUAUGAUCCCUUGGAAACCAAGGAAAUCAUAUUUGAUAAGAUAAAAGACGAUUCCGGGGACCUGAUUACAAUUCCCGUGCUAAAAAUCUGCGAGUGCACCCAUAGAACAAAGUUACUCGGAGCUCUUUAUGGAUACAAAGGAAUUCUGUUGCUGUUUGGUGUGUUUCUGGCGUGGGAGACGAGAAAUGUUACUAUACCUGCUUUAAACGACUCCAAGUACAUCGGAAUGUCAGUUUACAAUGUUGUCAUAUUAUCAGCCAUUGGUGCAACAGUGUCCAUGGUUUUAAAGAAGACAGUUUACUUUGAAUUACUUCAUGUAUUGGUAUCUGCUGUCGUGGUACUUUCCACGACUGUUGCCCUGACGAUGGUCUUUGCGCCCAAGGUAUACGAGUAUUAUCUAUUACCACCCGAGCCUCAAGAACGCACCCGGACUAUGGAAACGCUUCAAAUGAGCAUGACAUCCACCACAACCACGGAGGCAUCUGACGUUUACGAAGUUUAUGUCAAAACAAAAGAUGUUAAGCAUAAAUGGAUACAAACUGAUGAUUUCGAGGAAGUAAACAGUGGUCUAAUAACCGCAUCGCCGGCGCCACUGGGACAGAACGGAGCAACAGUUGUUGACAAUGGGAUCCAUGAGGACAGGAAUGAUGAAAUGGUGACGUCUGAGGGAAAUGAUGAAUCUCAGUUCAGAGAAGUGCAUAUACAGGAUGAGGAACGUAUACUAAUGGCAUCUGGUGUGUAUAUAGGAUUGUGUAACGAUAGCAUGAGAUCUCCAAUGGCCGUGCGAAAUGAAGGAUUCAGUGAGAAUACCGAAGACGCUAAGGAGCAAAACGGGUUAAAUGGUGAUUGAAUGAAAUAGGCAAGGUGUACUGUAGCACUGGUAAUUAUUUUGAAUUUUUCCUUCCUUUUAAGUAUAUAAGGAUUAAGUUAAAUUUAAAAAGAUUGAUAAAUUAAAAAAAACAACCUUCUGACCUGGUAUUUUCCAGAUGUUAUUGUUUCCAAAUGAUAAAGAUGUAAUUACCUGCAUAAAAUAAACAGAUAAUUGUUGAUAAUGUUGAUUUUAAUUCCAUAUUAAAUGUUAAUUCUGUAGUCAUCAUUGAUGUAAUGAAUAAUGACGUAAAUUUAUUAAACUUCUGUAUAAUUAUGUUAAAAUGUAUAAC